UCGGCAUCCCUACGUUCCCCGCGAGCUCAGGAGGGCCGCUCCUGCCGGCGCUGCGCCUCGCUGGCGUCAGCAGGGCCGCGGAGGCGGAAGAUGGCGACGGUGGCGGCCAGGGCGCCCUGAGGAGCGCGGCGGCGUAGAGGGAGGCCCAUGGCGGCCGGGAGACGCCCUCGGGGACCCGCGGGCCGUUAGGGCGCGACGCUGGGCGGCAUGUCGGAGCACGCGGCACCCGGGGCCCCGGGGCCCGGGCCCAACGGCGGCGGCGGCGGCGGUCCUGCCCCCGCGCGCGGGCCCCGCACCCCCAACCUCAACCCCAACCCGCUCAUCAACGUGCGCGACCGGCUCUUCCAUGCGCUCUUCUUCAAGAUGGCAGUCACCUACUCGCGGCUCUUCCCGCCCGCCUUCCGCCGUCUCUUCGAGUUCUUCGUGUUGCUCAAGGCCCUGUUCGUGCUCUUCGUCCUGGCCUAUAUCCACAUCGUCUUCUCCCGAUCACCUAUCAACUGCCUGGAGCAUGUGCGGGACAAGUGGCCACGAGAGGGUGUCCUACGCGUGGAGGUACAGCAGAACUCGAGUCGUGCGCCCGUCUUCCUGCAGUUCUGUGACGGUGGUCACAGCAGCUUCCCCGGCCUGGCAGCGGCACCUGGUGGCCUGGAGCUGGAGGAGGAGGAGGAAGAGGAGCUGACCAUGGAGAUGUUUGGGAAUCGCUCCAUCCAGUUUGAGCUGGACAUUGAGCCCAAGGUGUUCAAGCCGCCUGGUGGCCCCGAGGCCCUGAAUGACAGCCGGGAGUUCCCCUUCCCUGAGACCCCCUCAAAAGUGUGGCCACAGGAUGAGUACAUCGUGGAGUACUCCCUGGAAUAUGGCUUCUUGCGCCUGUCGCAGGCCACACGACAGCGGCUCAGCAUCCCAGUCAUGGUGGUCACCCUGGACCCCACACGGGACCAGUGCUUUGGGGACCGCUUCAGCCGCCUGCUGCUGGCCGAGUUCCUGGGCUACGAUGAUAUUCUCAUGUCCAGCGUGAAGGGCCUGGCCGAGAACGAGGAGAACAAGGGCUUUCUGCGGAACGUGGUGUCAGGGGAGCACUACCGAUUUGUGAGCAUGUGGAUGGCCCGAGCGUCCUAUCUGGCUGCAUUCGUCAUCAUGGUCAUCUUUACCCUAAGCGUGUCCAUGCUGCUCCGCUACUCCCAUCACCAGAUCUUUGUCUUCAUUGACCUGCUGCAGAUGCUGGAGAUGAACAUGGCCAUCGCCUUCCCUGCAGCGCCGCUGCUGACCGUCAUUCUGGCCCUUGUGGGGAUGGAGGCCAUCAUGUCGGAGUUCUUCAAUGACACCACCACCGCCUUCUACAUCAUCCUCAUUGUGUGGCUAGCUGACCAGUAUGAUGCCAUUUGCUGCCACACCAACACCAGCAAGAGGCACUGGCUGCGGUUCUUCUACCUGUACCACUUUGCCUUCUACGCCUACCACUACCGCUUCAAUGGGCAGUACAGCAGCCUGGCCCUCGUCACCUCUUGGCUCUUCAUCCAGCAUUCCAUGAUCUACUUCUUCCACCACUAUGAGCUGCCCGCCAUCCUGCAGCAGAUCCGCAUCCAGGAGAUGCUGCUACAGACACCGCCUCUGGGCCCUGGCACCCCCACAGCACUGCCGGACGACCUCAACAACAAUGGGGGCACCCCAGCAACUGCCCCUGACCCUACCAGCCAGCCCCCCACCCUGGACCCUGGCUCACUGGGGGCUGGUGGGGUCCCCAGGCCCGUGGUUGAAGCGCCCAGCUCUCUGGUGGUUGCGGCGGCCUCGGUGGCUGCGGCGGCCAGUAGUGACCUGGGCUGGAUGGCAGAGACAGCUGCCAUCAUCACAGACGCCUCUUUCCUCUCUGGCCUGAGCGCCUCCCUCCUAGAGCGGAGGGCAGCCAGCCCCAUGAGCCCCAGUGGGGCGUUCCCUCAGGGCGUCCAAGCCCCCCAGGACAGUGUCCCCCCAGGUGACUCCCCAGCACCUGACACAGCCCCCCUGUCUGCCGGGGUGAGUGGUCCCAACUCCGAGUCCCCGGCCCCAGCAGAUGAAUCCUUGGAGAUUGGCUCCUAAGUCCUGGGGAGCUGAGUGCCUCUGUCCCCAGCUUCCCAGGCCAGCUGGGUGUGACCUGGCUAGGGGUUCCUUGGGGGUCAGGGAGGCUAUCCCCAAUGUGUCUGGGGCUGCGCGGUCAACUUUGUGUCAGGGUCUCUCUGGUUUGCCCAGGGGUGGGCUCCUCUCCCCCAGGCAUGGGUCCUGCCUACAGCUUGUCCCUGUCACAUUUGUGUGGGUCCCCUCAGCCAGAAAACUCUAGGCAGGCUGAUGAACUGGGGCAGGAAAGUGGGGGGGUCUCCAUGGAAGGCUCUGGAAGGGGUUGAUGAGAGGUUUGGAGCAAGCUGUACUUACGGGCAGAGCCUAGCAGGUCUCUGAGCCAGGUGAACACUGGUGGGGGCAGCCCUUGCUUCCUGGCCGCUUGGCUGGUGCUCCGUUGUGCGCAGUGCCUUUUCCAUGGCCCCUGCCCCCAUGUGUGCGUGCCAGGGAUGGGGUAUCGGCACAGGGACAUGGUGUGCAGGUGCCAGCUGUCAAAGACAGCAACCAGGCGCUAGGGUCCAGCCUUGCUCCUGCACAGAGGGCCAGUAGCCCCACGCCCAACCAAGUCACUCGGUGAGGACUGCAGAGCACUCAUUCCAUUCUAUUUAAUUGCAGUGUACAAAAUUGUGUUUGUAUAUAGAAUAAACUGUCUGUUGACAGCAA